AUGACCAAGAACAAGAGACGUUUUGAGGGCGACCUCACAGAUCGUGAUGCUUUUUGGAAAAUACUCCGAAGCAAAAAGCGCAAUGAUCACCGAGUCGCGCAUCGACUAGAGUCCUCUCUAUCGGACCACAAGAGGAGAUGUGUCAGACAGAUAGCUAAACACCAAGCGUUUUACAACGCCUUCGACCAUUUGUCACGGAUCCCGGGUCUGCGAUCGGGCCUAGUGAUCGGCAACCUCAAUAAGCUCAUCGCUCUCAAAUGCGACGAGGAAGUUGUGAAUUACCUCGAGCAUAUAUACAACACAUGGCUGUAUCUUGCUGGGAAUAUUGAGUCAAAUCUCGGAAAGAUUGAUUCAUUCACUGUCCAGUCUGUGGAGCUCCGGUGCCCUAGAUUUCCAGCAGAGGAUGCAAGAUUGCUUCGGAACGCAGUUCUGGACGGUCGUGUCUUCAGGUUUUUUGACGAAUCUGAACGAACUGUCAUUUGGAAAAAUAUUUGUUCCAUUAACUCUACGAUUCCAUCGCUGACAACAUUUUUCAACGACGUCAAGUACCUUGAAUUGUGCACAAAAUGGAUGAAGCGUUUGGUUGCUGUACCUCAGGAUGGACACACUGUGAGGUCAGCAUUGACGAGGGCCUUCAAGCAUUCGAUAAGAGAUGAAACCCUGUAUCCAAUUGAGGAGUCCGACAUGAGUUUCUCCUACCGACCUAUUGAGAUAGACGCUCGUCUCCAGCUUGGGUUGCGGCAGUUAUGGCUUUCGACGAUGAGAAAUUUCCGACAGAUGGAAACGAAUCCAAGCUUACUUCCCAAGCUGGCGAGUCUGGCAUCGGAACUGGGGUUCGAUACGAAGGAUAUUCGUUGUCUGAAGUCUAUGUCCCCAGAUUUGGAAGUUGCGCAGCAAGCAUUGACAAUGGCUCGACCGCCGAAAGACUAUAUUUACGACGUUCUGAGCUUUCAAGCUGUGGCCGACAAGAUUUCCCAUACGUUCCCGGACCUUCAGCACAAUGAUUCAGCUCAGGAAUCACCCGAAUUUUUCACCGAUGCCUAUAGUUCGAAGCAUGAUUCUCGGCCGUGGCUAAAUCAGACAUCUUAUGCGGACGCCGCUGAGUCGAUGUUUGUUGACAUCAUGGACCAGCAACUGAGCACGGGAGGCGGGAGACUUUCUGGCCUAUUCAUUUGCAGAUCCAUACACUUGGCGUUCUUCUGUACUCCUCGUCGAGACAAUCUACAGGUGCCAGUCGCUUCAUCUGAUAGUGGCAUCCCACCAGAACUAGGCCACCACCAAGAAUCAAGAACAAGCAAUCAAGGAACCCCAUCCAGUCAACAUAAAGACCCUUCUACAGGAAAGUCUCCAGCACGAAAAGUCACACUCGAAUUUAUCACCAGAGAGGCAAAGAGAGAAGAGUAUGUCCUUCUUUAGAACCAGGUGAUAGAACCCGGUAGUAGAACCAGGCGGUUGGCGGAACUGGACCUGCGGAAAGAGUACGCGGCAAAGCAGGGCGGUUGCUGUUAGUGCUAGGACACCGCAUCUUACUGUAAGAGCCGACGCAGGCUUCUCAUGUGUGAAAGUUUUG